UAAUUUAACAAGAUCUUGUUAGCAUUUUUAAUGACUGCAUAGUAGGUUUGCUUAUUAAUUCAUUUUUGCAUAUGUAGGUCAUUUUGUGUUUUUUUGUUGUGGUUGUUAACUAGGGGCUUAUUUUUUGGUAGUCCCCUAUUCUUAACUUAGGAGAGUAUAACAGCAUCAGAAUCUAGCACAUUUUUAACCUAAGUAUAUCCUUACAAGUUCAGUAUUACUUUGCUUUCUUAAGAGUAUUUGGCAUUCUUGGCAUGUGCUUCUCUUUCUUCAUCUGCCAAAGCAAGAUAACCACAAAGCAAAUUUAAAACAAUGCAGAUGUAUUCUUUAAAAUAAUUUUUCUUGUUAGUUAUUUGGUGAAAAGGGUGCUUUGUUUUUGUCAUUUUUUUCUCCAUCAUUUGUGUAGCUGAAUGUUUUCCCAUGUUCAUUUCUGUCUUGUGUUCUUUCCUUGUGAAGUGUCCAUGUUUAUCUAAUUAUGCUUUGUUAUUUUUCCCUGUGACUUGUGUGACUCAUUCUAAUUUGAAUGCCAUACUGUCUUUUUUUUGUAGACUGUGUUCUCCAUCCAGGAGUCUGGAAGGAAAGCAUGAAUAUAUUCUUUCUUAGACAUCAUAGGAAUUAAUAUUUAAACAAUUCUGAAAGCAUAAGUAUAUUUCAAAUGUUUUUCAUGAUCUUUUUGCUACAGUUUUCUGUGUAUAAUGAUUGGCAUGUAUUCUAGAAACUAUUAUUUUAGUUUCAGUGAGAUUUCGUAAUGGAGCCUUUCUUUCCAAUUUGGUUUAGUUGAGAUUGAUUGGAAUGCAGAAUUGAAAACUCAUUUAAUAGGUAAUCUAAGAAUCCUUCUCUCCCCUAAGCCCCAUUGUUGAGUGAGGUGCUGUGACUCUGCCAUGACCUUACUAGGUUAAUUACAUGUGUAAUAUUUUAAUUUCUUAGCAAUUUUGUGAGAAAGAAGAUGGUUACUAUCCAACUCUUAAAUUCCAGCAAUGUCUCAGUCUUAAUGCAGGGGCAAUAGUGAAUUAAUGAUAUGUUAAUAAUCCUGAACUUACAUGUUUUCUGGACCCAGGAAUCUUUUUCAUGCCUUUAUGUCCUUAUUAGGCUGUGCGCUCUUCCUGGAAUAACUUUUGUCACUCCUGCUUGGCUGUACUAAAAUUCUGUGAAACUUCAUCUGGAUGGCCAUCUAAGAUAGUGUUCCUAUUUGGAUUCCAUUCAUAUCUGUGACCAUUUUGCACUGACAUUUUCUGUUUAUUUGCCUUUCUCUGUAUUGGACUGAAAACUUACUGAGUGCAGAGAACGUGUAUUCAUUUUGAUAGCAUAGUAAAUAGUACAGUGUUUGUCAUGUAGCAUGCAUUCAGUGAAUAAGGGUUUGUUGAAAUGAAUUGAUGAAACUGAAUUCAAAUCUUGGAGGGUCUAGAAGAAAUUGUUUUGUAGUUUAGAUGGGCUAACUGAACAAGAACUGAAUACCUGUACUUUACCAAAUCUGAUUAUAGUUUAUACCCAGGGAAACAAUAAUUGCCUAUUUUCUAGGUAAUGUAGUGGACUGGACUGGUCUGGGUGAGAGAUUUAGUACUGGAGAAGAGAAAGAAACAGACAGUAGAUCUCAAGGGUGUGAUCUGUAGAGGAGAAUUCUCUCCUGCAUGUCUGUGCUCAUGCUCCCUAAAUAUUAUCAUUGUCUUCCUGCCCCCUCCCCAUUAUCUGUACACAUAUAUCCCUACCGAAUCUGUGGUCCUAUUUAGUAGAAAUGAAAAGGAGAAAAAAAUAAUGGUAGUAACCUAGUGGUAAUGAUACUACAAUUUUGAGCUGCUCUAGAGGGUGUAAGGUUCCUAUUCUUCUUAGUUCCCAAUAUCAGUGCUAGAACAUCAAAUUGAGAAGCAAGUUAAAAUGUUUUUCUUAGGGGUGCAUGGUAAGGCAUGAGUAGCCUGAUGGUGGCAAAGCUUCUGGAGAUCCAAAAAGUCUCCCUUAUAUCACGUUUUUCCCCCACACCAGCCCACAUGGGGUGGCAGAAGCCUCUGUGAUUCUCUGGAACCGUAUGGUAAGAGAUAGUAUGUGAUUCCUGUGUGUGAUGUGAUGUGAAGAUACAGAAAGUGUAGCACUUACCCCUAAGGGGCUGGGGAGUUUGUGUCAGUGAAACAUGCACAUAUUAUAAAGGAUGUUCUGUAAAUCUAAUAACAAAAUGCUGUGGAAAUUCUCAGUAAGAAAUGAUGAGUAUCACAAUCAGGGAUGAUUUCCUUGAAGAGGCGGGGAUGGGUUGUUGGGGAAGUUGAUGGGUUACUGUUGGUAACCGGUGAAUAAAAUAGGCCAAGACACAAAGGUAAGAAACCAUGGUCUGUGUUUUGAGAACUGUAAGUCUAGUUAAGCUGUUACCUAAGGUCCAAGUAGGAUUGAAUGGGAGGGAAAUUCUAGGCCAUAUUAAGGAAGGCUGUAAAUGGUAAGUAAAGGAGUUUAUAUUUAAGUAGGUAGGAGGAACCUAUGGGGGCUUCAGAGCUGAUUUAGAAGGAUGAAUCUGCAGGACCAUGUGGAAGAUACUACAACCUGACCUGGAAACUAGUAUAGUAGUACUGGCAAGAGAUAAUGACCGCCUGAAGUAGAAUGUAGGCGGUAGGAAUUGAGAGAAAUGAAAGGAUAUAAGGCACAGAUAGAAGGUAUGUAUCUUGGCAACUGAUUAGGUGUAGGAUAUAUAGACCUGAAAAGUAUCUGAGAUGAUCGGGUACUGUUAUUGACAGAAGUAGGAGGAAGUUGUUUUGGGGAAGAUGGUGAGUUACAAAUAUAGUGAUCUGGCACAAUAUGUAAGGUCAGAUGCCAUGUAAACAGAAGUAUGGGUUCAGGAGAGAUGUAAGGUAAGAUGUAAAUAGAUUUCAAAAUUCUGUGCUUGGAGGUGAUAGCUAAGCAAGGAAUGAGAUUUUUUUCUAAGGCGUUAAAGUGCAGCAAGAAGAGAAGUAGUUUGAAGACAGAGUCUUUGGGAACAUCUCCAUCUAGAGAUAAGGAAUCAGUAUCAUAAGGGAGACUAAAGAAAUAGCAAGGUAGAGAGAAUUAAUCAUUGCAUAGUAUGGACCUGCCGUGGAGGUCACUUUAUUCUAGGUAAGAAUCUUUUCUCAUAGGACUAUAUGUAUUUACCAGAGCAUACAUUAUGAUGUUCCUUUAUAAGGCUAUGAUAAUUUUUUUCCUUAUCUAAAUAAUUUUCUCUUUUUUCCAGUAACUUAAUCCCAUUUAAGUAGAAAUAUUAGAUAACUGGUUGAAGUGUCAUAUUGCCUUUGAUGCAUGAACUGUACAGUGAUACAGUUGAUAAUUAAAUACAGUUAUAGCAAAGGUAAGAAGACAGUAACAGAUAUUUAGUUAUCAGACGUUGCUGCUUAGGAACUACAAAACAACAUUUAUUGAACAUUUAAACAGCUUUAAAGGAAAAAAAUCUCAAGGUUAGUAUCUGUGCUGCUAUAGUGAGCACAGAAAUCUCUAGCUUAGCAUAUCAGCUCUUGUAAUAUUAGGUUCCUAGAAAACGUUAACAAAUGUAUGUGAAUUGACUUAUGCAUAGGGCGGCAGAUGUGCAGCAACCUCAGCCCUUUGAAACUUCACUUUGAACUUAGAAAUACCAAGAAAAAACCCUUGAGCCCAAAAUGACUGUUUCAGUAAGCAUGCAAAUGUAAAAUACAUUUCAGAAAGUUUUAAAAAAUUCUUUUGGUGCUUUUAUGUCUUACAAAUAUUUCUUUAGUUGAUUAGGACAGAAUGCUUCAGUUUCUGUUCUUUUGUAUUAACGUAUGUGUUAAUAGUUAUUAAAAAAUAAUAUAGCUGUACUUUCUCUGAUAAUGCAAGUAAUACAUGCCCAAGGUAAAAAAAAAAGUAGACUGUAUUAAAAAUCAUUAAAGACCCAAAUAAUUAUAUUCCCAACAUUCUGAGAAAACUUAUGUUUACAUUUUGGGGCUUAUUUUUUCUGACUUUUUUCUUGUGCUCAUAUUUACACACAGGCGUUCACGGCAUUGGGGUGACUGUGUUAAAGAUGCUUUGUAACGAGCUCUUUUUUACUUAGUUAUUUUGUAGAUAUCUUUCCAUAUCAGUAAUACACAGCAAUGCUAUUUACUGUAUGAAUGUAUUGUGUAAUCAGUCUCGUUUUUUUUUCUUUUUUGCUGUUAACUUGGUCAGUGAACAUCCAUGUUUGUGCCUUUUUCUUGUUUAAUUAUUUUUCUAAGGUAAAUUUAGAGCUAUAAAUGUAGUGAAACUUACACAACUCAGACUAAAAUAUUGAAGCCCUUGGCAUGGGGGUAUUUUUUUAGGGUAAGCUUUGGCCUGAUAAAGCCAGAGAAUAUGCGUUUCAUAGCAUCAGACUCAGAUGUAUCAAAAUAGUGUUUGUUAAUCACAUACUAAAGUGGUUCCAGAAUUGCUGUAUUGAAGGAUUUGAGAGACAGCUAUAAAUUUGAAAAUGUCUUUUCUUAGCACCGUAUUUGAGGUGCAGAGGAUCUGCUGGGGGAGAUGGUGAGGACGGCUUCUCUCCACAGAUGCCCUUCCAGUCCGCAGAUAAGCAGAGAGCCCUAGAAGAAACCAAAGCCUACACCACCCAGUCCUUAGCAAGUGUUGCCUAUCUGAUAAAUACCUUGGCCAACAAUGUCCUGCAGAUGCUGGAUAUCCAGGCGUCCCAGCUGCGAAGGAUGGAAUCUUCAAUCAAUCAUAUUUCCCAAACUGUUGAUAUUCAUAAAGAGAAAGUUGCAAGAAGAGAAAUUGGUAUUUUGACUACCAAUAAAAACACUUCAAGGACACAUAAGAUUAUUGCUCCAGCUAACCUUGAACGACCAGUUCGUUACAUUAGAAAACCUAUUGACUAUACUAUUCUAGAUGAUAUUGGACAUGGAGUAAAGUGGUUGCUUAGAUUUAAGGUGAGUACCCAGAACAUGAAGAUGGGCGGGCUGCCGCGUACCACACCUCCGGCCCAGAAGCCCCCCAGCCCUCCCCUGUCGGGGAAAGGGGCACUUGGGCGGCACUCCCCCUAUCGCACACUGGAGCCAGUGCGUCCUCCAGUGGUACCAAAUGAUUACGUACCUAGCCCAACCCGUAAUAUGGCUCCCUCGCAGCAGAGCCCUGUGAGGACAGCUUCUGUGAAUCAAAGAAAUCGAACUUACAGCAGCAGUGGGAGCAGUGGCGGGAGCCACCCGAGCAGCCGGAGCAGCAGCAGGGAGAACAGCGGGAGUGGCAGUGUGGGCGUGCCCAUCGCCGUGCCUACACCCUCUCCCCCCAGCGUCCUGCCAGCCCCUGCUGGCUCUGCUGGUGCUCCUCCCCUUCCUGCUACUUCUGCACCUGCCCCUGCCCCUCCUGCUCCUGCCACUGCCCCUUCCUCCACUGCCCCAGAGGCUGCCGCUGGGGGUGCCCAGGCCCUGGCCGAUGGCUUCACUUCUCCAACUCCCCCUGUUGUUUCCUCCGCUCCCCCGACAGGUCAUCCCGUUCAGUUCUACAGCAUGAAUAGACCUGCCUCUCGCCAUACCCCCCCCACUAUCGGGGGCUCACUGCCCUAUAGACGCCCUCCUUCCAUAACGUCACAAACAAGCCUUCAGAAUCAGAUGAACGGAGGACCUUUUUAUAGCCAGAAUCCAGUAUCUCUUGCUCCUCCUCCUCCCUCCAUCCUACAGGUAACUCCUCAGUUACCUUUAAUGGGAUUUGUGGCCAGAGUCCAAGAAAAUAUUUCAGAUACGCCACCUCCACCACCACCUGUGGAAGAACCAGUCUUUGAUGAGUCCCCCCCACCCCCUCCCCCCCCAGAAGAUUACGAAGAGGAGGAAGCAGCCGUGGUGGAGUAUAGCGAUCCUUACGCCGAAGAGGACCCGCCGUGGGCUCCACGGUCUUACUUGGAAAAGGUUGUGGCAAUUUAUGAUUAUACAAAAGACAAGGAAGAUGAGCUGUCCUUUCAGGAAGGAGCCAUUAUUUAUGUCAUCAAGAAGAAUGACGAUGGUUGGUAUGAGGGAGUUAUGAACGGAGUGACCGGGCUCUUUCCUGGGAAUUACGUGGAGUCCAUCAUGCAUUAUUCUGAGUAGAGCUCAGCAGGGCUGGGGCCCUCCCAGGAGCUGGCAGGCUGCCCAGAUUAUCAGAAGGCCCUGGGGAGUCCCCUCCAGUGAAAUGAAGGAAUGAUACAAAUGACAAAAACUGCUUACAUUUUUUUGGUUUAUCCCCCAGUAUUCAAACAAAAAAGCGAGCUGAGUCUGAACAAAUGGAUCUUUCUGCCAUCACUUGUACUGUGUUGAGCUGUUUGGAUUGAAAUAAAGUGACCAUUUCUAAAUACGUCAGAGGUAUAACAGCGUAACGAUGUGAAACAAAUCAGGUUAAGACUGAUUCAGAAAACAUCUGGGAUGUCUCUCAGGAAUACUGUGUGCCCUUGGGGCCCCUCCUCCUGCGGCCCGCGGCCGGGGUGUUCUUCGGUGCCUGUGCCGACGGCAGCCCCGUGGCCCUGUGCGCCGUCCACACUUCUUCCCCUGUGUGAGGAGGAGGGAACCAGUAUUUACAUACCACAUGUAACCAUUUUUAUAAUUGUUUCAGCUGGCUUAUUUCCUCUUUAGCACUGUACAUUCUGCGUUCUCCCAGCACUAGAGUGCGCCAAGGAGCUAAGGCUGACGUGACUUGCAGCCCUUCCCGUCUCUCAGUCUGUAGCUGAUGAGGAUGUGAAUGAGUCUCCACACAUUCGGAGGGUGGUGAAUGGCCGCAGCUCCAGCUCAGUGUGCUGCUGCUGCUGCUGCCACCGCCGCUGCUGCUGCUGCCGCGUGAGGCUGCACUGCCGCCGCCGCCCAGCGCGCAGACGUGCGUGUCGUCCUGGUUCCCGGGUGGAUGUGGCCGCAGAGCCCGCUGUGAAGGUGCCUGAGGUCUGAGGACUUGGCCCUCGUGAGCAGAGCCACCGCCCAGUAGGCAUCCUAGACCCUUGCUUAGGCGCGGUUUUGAGGAAUAAGAUUUUGGAGGUCAGACCAAUUAUUUCUUUACUUCUUUCAGUAUUUAGAAAAAGAUUAUUGUUUUUUGGAAAAUAGUUAUUUUCAAGUCUCUCAACAGUCAUUGAAAUAAAAGACUUGCUGCUGUCUCUGAAUGCCCCUAAUGGCCGGUGUGAGCUGCUGCCGAGUUGUUUACUUACUAGGUUUUAGAGAAGGUAAAUGCUCUCCUGAUGGUGUGUGAUGGGCGUUUGAAGUAGCUGCUUUUGGUAGGAAUUUGAAUGUUCUAUCUCAGACUAAGAAUUGUGGGGUAAGUGGCAUCAGGCUAAAUACUUAUUCAGUCAGAAAGAUAAAAAUUAGUGUAACUGAGAGAAAUGAACUAUUUUUUUUCAUCUGCACAAUUACACCUUCAAAUUCUGUGGUGGCUGUAAGGCGGAGGCCUUGAUCCUCGCUGCCAUCAGCGUAUGAAACGCUGAAAGACCCGGGAGGGCUUGCUGUUCCGCCAGUCAGGCCCAGGCGCGUGGCCCGAAGAGAGCAUGGCCAGUGCCUGGCCCGAGCUGCAUGCAAGUAUGUCACACGGGGGCCUGCAGUGUGAUGGAUGGUGCAGACAGAGGGACGCGGCUGAAAGGUGGCCGCAUUAGUGUGGUAGUGCGUGAGGGGUGCAGAUGGUGGAGGCGGCAGUCAUUGUCCACUGGCGAGUCUGUUCUGUGAGCAAAAACCAUCACCAUUUAACUGCGACCUAGAUACAGAGUUCCCUUCUUAAGAAUUUUUUUUUCAGUUGCAGGGUUUUUCCCCGACACAUUGCAAGUUAGCUAUUGUGCUUUUAGAUUUCUUCAACAUUUUGAAUUUGGAUUUCAUUACCUUGCCUCCAGUACACAUUCCAGUUCAUGCUUUUGUUAGGUCGUCUCAACAUCCUGUAUUCCCUGUUUUCCUUCAAAGUAAUGGCCCUCUGCACCUUUAGCUUCAUUAUAUUCUAGCAGCCAACCUAGACUUAGCCAGAUGGAGUAAGCUCUUCCUAGUGUUGCUGUAUAACUAGGAAAACUGUUUUGAAAUUAGAUGUUCCAAUUAUUUAUUUAGAAAGCUUUUUGCUGAGAAAGCUUAGUGGAUUAGUAAGGCAGAGGGUAUUGUGAAAUGCAACACAUCGUUCCCGCAGCUCACACCUACAGCAGCAGAGAAGAUGACUGUGCAAAGCGUCGGUGGUGUUCUGCUCGCCUCCUGGAGCCCUGCUGGACUGGGGAGUGCGGAAGGCCCCGGCAAAGCCCGUCCCGAAGACCUGCAGCAGGGGAUCCAGGAGUCAGCUGGUUUUUUCUCUAUUAUUUAAUACUAAUGUGUGUGUGAGUUUUUGUUUUAAAAACACCACCUGUUGAGUUUUCUGCAUAUUUUAAAUUUUUGUACAGUUCUGAAUUCUAUAUAUCGUCUUGGAAGGAUGCUGUGUAGUGAUGAUGGGCCAGGCCCACGGUCAUUGGAGACUUUGAAUGGAUGUAAUAUUUCACAGAUUGCAUGCUAUUAAUAGUCUGAGGGUAGUAUUUUUUCUUUUAUCGUAAGUUUUCCCCAUUUCUCUUUUUACAAACUGCAAGAUGGUUGGUAGGAGGAAUUCCACUGAUGCAUGUAAGUCUUCCGUGCUGCAUAAUAUUAUGGCAGAGGUGAUCCAAGUCUGAAAUCUGCUGACCAGUAAGCAGCCAUUUUAUCAGGAGAGAGGGAAUCUGGUGGAAGAGGGGAUUUUUUUCCCCUCAUGUGUUUCUUUUUGACUUGUGUGCCCAUCCCCUUUUUCUAAGGAAAAAGGAGUGACUUAAGAAUUGUUCCCUUUUUUUGGUGUUACUCUUUGAAAGGCCUUGGGGGUAAGAAUGAAAAUACACUUUCUUGUUGUCGUCGACCUUAUGGUCAUAAGGCCACUGCAGUAAAUUGAAAACCAAAAUAGUGUUAAUGUGUCAAAAUCUAGACCUGAGUGAUUCAGCCUGCUGUGUUUAGAAUAAGGAUGAAUCUUUUCAGAUGUCUUGUCCAGUAUUUUCCAUCUUUUGGCUCCUUGCUUUCUCUCUCCCUCAGGGGCACCCCGCUGUUCCCAUCCUGGGGGGUGAGGGCCUGCUGCUUUGGCCGGGUCCCUAGUCACUGGGGAGGCGUUUUCUUCUCCCUCCUGCUGCUGUUUAUUACCCAGCUAGAGGAUGUCUUAUGCACCCUCACCGUGAUGUCUGUAAUGUCGCUGUGCUCCUUAGCAGCCUCACGUUGAUUACAGAUGAUUACUGAAGACUUUCCUGUUGGAGAGGCAUCAAAAUGCUGGCGGUUUGCUUUUAUCCUUUAGUGCUCCUUUUCUGGUAGCCAGGGACCUUUCUGCAGUAGGAAGUGUUCUCUUUGUUACCGUUUCUCCUUUGCGGAGAGAGCAUGGCAUGUCCUGAAGGCCGCUUUUCCCUUUAGAAGGGCUCGAUGGAGGAGCUGACGGGGGACUGCAAAGUCUUCGAAAGGAAUGGGGAUCUGAGCCGCUUCGCACCCAUUCACUCCUGGGCCUCGUUGGCCGGGAGCUCCUGACUGGUGUUAAGGUGGUGAUUCCCCUCCCGGGAUUUCCACACGGAAUUUCCGAGCUAGGUGUUAGAUUUUAGAAAUGUCAGUUCAGUCUCAUUUUGCUGAUGAGGUUAGAUGUUUCGUUUCAGGGAACAGCUGGUUAAUAACGUUGAGUUCCUGGCUUAACGCCCGGCACUCUGGCCGCAGCGGUCUUUAUUGAAUGUGCUGUACGUGUCUCGAAGAGUUUAUAGAGUUCUACUUGAUGUCUUCAGGAAGAUCCUUGAGGAGCCCCGAGCACUCAGACUGCUCUUAAAGGCACGUGCUGAGCGCCACCUGCGUUAGUGAACGUCUCCCCUGAGCCCCUCAGCAGCCACGCUCGCUAGAGACAGUCUCUCUGUGGGUGUGUCAUCUCAGCGCUGGCGGAGCCCGCACACAGACAGCCUCGUCCCGGAUCCUCAGCCCAGGGUCGUGCGCACUCCUUACGUUUCCUUCAUGCUGACCUUCAUUCCUGUUUCUUACUGAGAAUCUCAUAAUUCUUUAAAAAAUUGACAAAUGAAACGACAGGGCCUAGCUGUGUAUAGAUGAUCCUUGCUAAAAAUCUUAAGGAUUUUGUAAAAAAAAACAAAAAAAACAAAAAGCUUAUUUUCACAUUAAAAUGGAAAUGUCUUUUUGCAACUUCAGAAUUCUAUGGAAAAGCAGUUUUUAUCAUAUUUUGUGUCCAUGCAUCUUUUUUCUCAACAAAAUGGUUUACAAAAAGGAAUGUAAACAGUUUGUGAUCUGGCCAGUUGUACUCUGAGCUCCCAGAGGGAGGUGUGCUAGCUGAGUGAAAACCACGCAGGAAGCCUCGGGGGGAGCAGUCUGUUGCCAGUAACGUCUCGUGUGCCAUGAAACCACCUCCAGAUGAGCGGGGACAUUCACUUUUUAAUUUUGAAAUUGUAUUUGGAAUUAAUUGUUGCUGUGUACUAAGAACCUGACCUAAAUAAAACCCUGCAGAGCACA